UCAACUGUCAUCAUUCACAGACGUAUAAAGCGCGGCCCAUUACAGGUGACACACGUUUCAUUAAGUCAUAGAAGAACUCGUCACAGAGAACAGGUUUGUGUGUGCCUGUUGUAUCAGAUGUGUGGCUGUAUCUAUGUAAUGUUACUGUUUGUGCUUUUUAUGGGAGCCUUUGGAGCAGAGGAAGACACUGCACUCUGUGAGAGGCUGGGCAGCACAGAGUUUCCUCUGCUAUCUAAGGAAGGAGAUAUCACUAUUGGAGGAGCUUUUUCCAUCCACAGUCAAAUUUCAAAGCCUUCACUCUCCUUUACAGAUACUCCAGAGCAUCUCAUAUGUUCCAGGAUAAAUUUCAGAGAAUUUCGUUUUGUCCAAACAAUGAUUUUUGCCAUUGAGGAGAUCAACAAUAGCAGCUCUCUGCUGCCUAAUAUCUCAAUUGGUUAUAAGGUAUUUGACAGCUGUGGUUCAACACUGCCUUCAACGCGUGCAGUGAUGGGUCUAAUGAAUGGACCGGAAAGGACUUUGGAAAAAACCUGUUCUAGCCCGUCAUCUGUUCAUGCCAUCAUUGGUGCCUCUGAGUCCUCCUCAACCAUUGUGAUGCUACAAAUUUCAGGGAUUUUCCAAAUACCAGUGAUCAGCCACUUUGCCACUUGUGCCUGUCUGAGUAACAGAAAGGAGUACCCCUCCUUCUUCAGAACCAUCCCUAGUGACUACUAUCAGAGCCGAGCCUUGGCAAAACUUGUAAAACACUUUGGCUGGACAUGGGUUGGGGCUGUUAGGAGUGACAAUGACUAUGGUAACAAUGGCCUGGCAACAUUUAUCACAGCUGCGAGUCAGGAGGGAGUCUGUGUUGAAUACUCAGAGGCCAUCUCAAGGACUGACCCCGGUGAACAAGUUGCCAGGGUGGUCAGAGUGAUCCAGAGCGGAAGUGCAAGGGUUUUAGUUGCCUUCCUUGCCCAGGGCGAGAUGGACAUUUUGCUUGAGGAAGCUCUGAAACAGAACUUGACUGGGCUGCAGUGGGUGGGCAGUGAGUCCUGGAUUACAGCAAGUCAUCUGGCCACUAAGAGGUACUCAGGAAUCCUGACAGGGUCUCUGGGCUUUACCAUCAGAAAGACAAAGAUCACAGGCCUGCAAGAGUUUCUGUUGCAGGUUAACCCAAGUCAGGACCCUCAAAAUAAUCUGCUGAGAGAGUUCUGGGAAGCCACCUUUGGUUGCAGUUUCCAAUCCAGCUUGCAUGGUCAGACCCAGUGCUCUGGCUCUGAGAGACUACAGGACAUCGACAAUGCUUUCACAGAUGUGUCAGAGCUGAGGAUAUCUAACAAUGUGUAUAAGGCUGUGCAUGCUGUGGCUCAUGCCAUGCAUAAAAUGUUAACAUGUGGACAAAGUGGUGAAGUGAUGAAUCAGUCAUGUAUCUGGAAAGGUGAUUUUGAGCCAAAACAGGUUGUGAAGCACCUCCAAGAUGUGAAUUUCACUCUGCCAUCAGGAGAAAGAGUGUAUUUUGAUAGAAAUGGAGACCCUGCAGCGACCUAUGAGCUGGUCAACUGGCAGAAAAACCAAGCAGGAGAUAUUGUGUUUGUAGCUGUAGGGAGCUACGAAGCUUCUCUACCGAAUGGAAAGCAGUUUACCAUGAAUGGAAUAAACAUAACAUGGGCUGCCGAAUCCCCACAGAGGCCACAGUCUGUCUGUAGUGAGAGUUGCCUGCCAGGAUUCCGGCAGGCUGUGAUUAAAGGAAAACCCAUCUGCUGUUUCUCCUGCAUCACAUGUGCUGCUGGAGACAUCAGCAACUCAAGUAAUUCUGCAGAGUGCUCACGGUGUCCACUGGAGUACUGGUCAAAUGAAGAUCACAGCCAGUGUGUUCCAAAGAAUCCAGUCACUGUUGAUCCAGCUCUUCAGGUCAACCCAGAAACAAUCCAGUGUGAAGGACUCGACCCAGGUGAGCUUCAGUAUGCGUACACUAUGAUGUUUGCCAUUAAGGAGAUCAACAACAGCUCAGAGCUUCUGCCAGGAGUGACACUGGGUUACAGGAUCUUUGAUUCCUGCCCCAGUAUCCCUCUGUCCAUCAGGGCAUCGCUAAACCUGAUGAAUAGGUAUGAGAGUGGAGAAGACAGCUGUAAUAAGCUCUCCAAUGUGCAUGCUGUCAUAGGUGAAACCACAUCCACCUCUACAAUAGGUAUUGCACGCACCAUGGGACCCUUCCAUAUACCUGUGAUCAGUCAUUCAGCCACUUGUGCAUGUCUUAGCAACAGAAGAGACUAUCCCUCUUUUUUCAGAACCAUACCUAGUGACAUUUAUCAGAGUCAAGCCUUAGCAAAGCUUGUGAAACACUUUGGCUGGACAUGGGUAGGAGCUAUCAGAACUAAUAGUGACUAUGGGAAUGGCGGCAUGGCCACUUUCCUGGAAGCAGCAGAAAGGGAAGGUGUGUGUGUUGAGUACUCAGUGGCUAUUUACAGAACUGAUCCCAGGAAGUGGUUCUUAGAGGUAGUGGACAUAAUAAAGAAAUCCACCUCUAAAGUAAUAGUGGCAUUUGCUGAUGGCACAGACCUUGACAUACUUAUCAAGGAGCUUCAUUCUCAGAAUGUGACAGGAUUGCAGUGGGUGGGCAGUGAGGGCUGGAUCACAUAUCGCUAUAUUGCCUCUCCAGUCAACUACGCUGUGGUCCAGGGGGCAGUGGGCUUUGCAGCACUCAAUGCACACAUCCCUGGACUACAGGAGUUCCUGGCUAACAGCAGGCCCUCUACCACACUGGGAGACCAAGGACUGGUGGAGCUGUGGGAGACUGUGUUCAGCUGCACCCUGACUCCCCAAGGAGAGACCCAAGCUCAGGGUUCAGUUGCAGCCUGCACUGGGAAGGAGUCUCUGUGGGACACAAACACACGCUUCACAGAUGUUUCAGAUGCCAGUCUGCUGAAUAAUGUUUACAAGGCCACAUAUGCUGUCGCUCAUGCAUUGCACAUGCUAUUCACUUGCAAAGAUGGACAGGGGCCUUUUGAGAACAAUACUUGUGCUGAUAGGGAGAAUGUACAACCAUGGCAGGUGCUGCAUUACCUAACAAAGGUCAACUUCACCACUAAGAUAGAUGAAAAUGUGUUCUUUGAUGAGUUGGGGGACCCUGUGGCGCGUUAUGCACUGGUAAAUUGGCAGAUGGAUGAGACAGGUUACAUACUCUUUCAGACCAUUGGCUACUAUGAUGCCUCCCGGCCUGAGGGUCAGCAGUUUAUGAUGAAUGGAGGUGUGAGCGCCGUCUGGGCAGGAGAGAAUCUUGAGGUACCAAGGUCUGUUUGCAGUGAGAGCUGUUUACCAGGGACCCGCCGGGCUUUUGUAAAGGGCAAACCUAUCUGCUGUUUUGACUGCAUCACCUGUGCUGACGGCAAGUUCAGCAACAGUACAAGUGAGACAGCAGGAUUCCUAGCCUUUACUUUAGCUCUCAUCGUGUUUCUGUUGGGCAAAAUCACUCUCAGCACUUUACUGGUCUAUCUGAAGAUGUGUGUGCUGUACAGCCUAAACAUAUUUAUGCUUUCAGAUGCAGUGAAAUGUGACAAAUGUCCUCCCGAGUACAAGUCCAACGAAGAGAGGAAUAACUGUGACUUGAAAGCAAUUGAGUUCCUCACCUUCAGGGAACUGAUGGGUAUACUGUUGGUCACCUUUUCUGUCUUCGGUGCCUGCCUGGCGAUGACUAUAGCCUUGAUAUUUUUUCACUUCAGGCAGACUCCUAUUGUCAGAGCCAACAACUCUGAGCUGAGCUUCCUGCUGCUCUUCUCAUUGACUCUGUGUUUCCUGUGUUCUCUGACCUUCAUCGGCCGGCCCUCUGAGUGGUCCUGCAUGCUGCGACACACCGCAUUCGGCAUCACCUUUGUCCUUUGCAUCUCUUGUGUUUUGGGGAAAACAAUAGUGGUUUUAAUGGCCUUCAGGGCCACACUUCCAGGUAGUAAUAUGAUGAAAUGGUUUGGGCCUGCACAGCAGAGGCUCAGUGUUCUGACUUUCACUGUCAUACAAGUUUUGAUUUGCAUACUUUGGCUGACAAUCAACCCUCCCUUUCCCUUCAAAAAUAUGAAACACUAUAAAGACAAGAUUAUACUAGAGUGUGCGUUAGGAUCACCUAUAGGGUUCUGGGCUGUGUUAGGUUACAUAGGACUCCUUGCUGUCCUUUGUUUUGUACUUGCUUUUUUGGCUCGAAAGCUGCCUGAUAAUUUCAAUGAAGCUAAAUUUAUCACCUUCAGCAUGCUGAUAUUCUGUGCAGUCUGGAUCACCUUUAUUCCAGCAUAUGCCAGCUCUCCUGGGAAAUUCACUGUUGCUGUGGAGAUAUUUGCUAUUCUGGCCUCCAGUUAUGGAAUGCUGUUUUGUAUUUUUUUACCCAAGUGCUACAUAAUUUUAUUAAAGCCUGAGAACAAUACAAAGAAACAUUUGAUGGGUAAAGUGACUCCAAGAGCCCUAUGAGUUAUUUGUUAAAUAACAGCAACAGCUGUAUUGCAAAAUAACCACCCCCCCCCCAACAAUGGAUUUUCAGGUCACAACUACGCCUGUUCAUGAAAGUUUUCAUGAAAAGCAGCAGAUGUCUCUUUUCAACCUUGAGUUUAUACCUUUAUCACUGUCUGUGUGGUCCCAAGGUCAAGUAUGACCCUCCAUGUUGAAUUUUCUUUUAAUAAUUAAGAAUAAAAUUAAAACUUAUAUGAAAUGUGUGCUCUUUUUAUGUUGUAUUUCGGAUAUAAAAAAAAAAUAUUCAUAGAGGUUUCAGUACAAAGCAUACAUAUAUCAGUAAACUAUAUAACAACAACACAUUACAGAGACUUUAUCAUUUCAGAAUGUAUUCUGUGUAAGUUGAUGUUUGAAUGUAUCAGGAAACAAUAAACUCUUAAUUAAACAUAAAAAUAAUUACAA